GUAUGUUGCAUCGAGCUAGCAGAACGAACGACCACAAGACCACCGCUGCUUCAUCAUCGGGUGCGGAAGAGAGCACUUCUGGUUUUGCGAUGAUUCCGCCAGAGUGGGAGUUCUGGCUCGAAUUACCGGCGAGCGUCGACAUUGAUGGUGGCGCCAGCUUUGCUCCAUCUGGGGGAGAACAUGAUGAAGAGUCUCGCGCAAGCGCCGCCGCGCCCAGUGCCAGCGCUGCCUUAGUGAUCGACAAGGAAGCAGAAAAGAUUGUUGCCGCAGUCAGAAACCUGGAGCCCGCCGCCCCGCCAGGAGAAGUUGCCGCCUUUGCAUUUUCUACGGUCGUCGGCGGAGGUCGGACUCGGGGCGAAGCAGUACAAAGCAGAAAACAAUCAGGAGGCGCUAGCACGGACCAGGCAUCACGAACAAUAGCAGAAGCCUCUAUCCGAAAGAGCUUAAUUUCCGUCGCAGCCACAACUCCUGCACUAGCCUCCGCGCGAGGAAGUCGUGGUAGUCCCGGAGACCACGAUUUAGUCGACAUGUUCCAAGAGUAUGUCGUGAGCCGUACUAAAGAGGGUCAUGAAAAAGAGACUGCUCGAUCUGGGAGUGAGACAGCCCCAAGACAUCAAAGAGAAAGAGCUGCCUUCAUCAAGGUAUUGCAUGGAAUCGAAAUGCGUAAUGAGAACCAUCUCCAUCCUGGCCAGGCGGGAGCGCCUUCACCCCCGCACCCUCAAGUUGCUGCGUUGUUAAAAUUGACGCAAAAAGUGGGAUCGAAGCUGUUGACCCCCGCGGACGAGGCGCUGUGUCAGGCUGAUGACAAAAAUUUCCUCGCCAGAUUUUUUGCCAAAGAAGUCAUGGCGCCUUUGCUAGGUGCCGUGACGAGGCAGUCGUCGGAACGUCAUUCCGAGACUUCCGAGCCCAGCACCGACGGUGUGGCAGAUGCUGACCAACAACAUAACCUAAUCCGCAUUAAGGACGUGGCGAACGAACUGGAGGCCUGGCGCAAGCGCCUCAGUAGAAUGUUUAAGUUCGAGGCAAUUUUGCCUCCGCACAACGGUCAGUCUCAUUCGCAGCGGGUGGUGUUCCAAGCGUCGACGCAUGCAAGUGGAGGCGAGGCCUCCGAGGGGGGGAGUCCUGCUGGUGCAGCAGCAGGCGACCAUGAUGGAGAAAAAAUGAUCGCUUUUGCCAAAACCAAGAGAAGCGCUCGCAUGCAGCUUGUAGAAGAGAAGGGUGCGGGCCAGGGUCAGGGAGGCGCAAAGAAAACCGUGGGAGCAGGCCUUUUCAAAAGUACUAUGGCGACCACAGGAGCCGGGGGGCGGGCCGGCAGCAAAACCGCUGCGCACCCACUUCAGCCAACGAUCACGACGAAGACCGCUCUGGACUUUGCGGCCGAAAAGUUCUUGGACCCCCGCAGCGACUCAAAAAACCCGGGCCCGCAGAAUGUUGCCCUCGUCGUUGGUGGCAAUCCUGGAAUUCCUGGCGGGGAUGGGGAGUGCACGCGUUCGCACGAAAACCCUCUGAUGAACAACCGACUCGACUUGACGGAAAGGGGGGUCUAUCGCAAUCCUUCUUUGCACCGAACCGAAGAGGCGAGAGUCUACGCGAGAUUCUUGAUACACGAGUCGGCGGGCGACGAAAGCAAGAUGACUGCACUACAUGAGAAUCUGUUUCGUAGCCGGUGGGGUUUGAUUCGCCGGCCCUUUGGUGAUCCCCAUAAUGGGUCGCCAGCUGCGGAAGCGAAGGGAGAACUUGGCGAGUCCUCGCCGAAACAUGCCGCCAGCGCUAGGCCUGGGCGCCCUGCUGGCAACAAAGAUCACGACAAAGACAAUCUAUCGCAGAUUCGCACAAUCCAGGACAAUUUCGGGAAGCCCCAGUUUUUGUUGCGGACGGGGGGGCGUGAAACAUACAAGAAUGCUGAGAGGGCGAGCAAGUUCGGGGACGCGUGGGUGGUCUCCGACCCGAAUCUGGGAGGCCCAAAGGCAUUGCAGCCGCAAACAGACAAGAACACUAUUAAGCCCGCUGUCCAAAGCCUGGUCGCUGCGAAAGCCAAGGGCACAGGCAAGGCCGAGCCCCACUUGGGUGCCUUGGUUUGGGUGAUGCCACCUAAUGCGGCGGACAGAAAAACCCAAGCAGCGGGAGCCACAUUAAACCAGAGGUCGCAGUGGGACUUCAAAUUCUUCUGGGAGGGCGUGGAGGCUGCUUACCGUUCCGCAUUUGAUGCCUGUAUUCAGCAGCAGGUCGCGUCAGGCAAGCCGCUGCGCGUUGUGGUUUUGCCCAUGCUGGGAGGUGGGGACAACUGGCCCCUGCGAAAGGCGCCCAAGCAGGUCUCCCUGGGCGGUGGAGGCAAUUCCUACGACCUAACGCCCUGGGAGAGCGGCCCGGCGAAGGCCGCCCUACUUGCAGCAAACGGGCUACCGGAGCUGGCAAAUCGUCCGAACUUUGCAAGGGUCACCCCUGCGCGACCCGGAUCACAAGCACCAGAACCACGACGGCGUGAACAUCGCGUGGAUGCGGGAAUGGCUCCGCAUGGUCUUUCCAACAGCAUAGUGGACGUCGAUGUUGUUCCACGGGACUUCAAUAAGUUUGUCGUGGCGCCUGAGGCCCUGGACGGGAAGCCGGCCGGCCACCAAAUGACUCCUACGGAGCUGGUCUCCGUUGCCGACUCUGAAGACCUGCAGCAGGACAGGUCGCAGAGCGAGCCGGAGCGAGCCGGCUCCUGGGUUUGGAAAGCCUUCGGAGGCCCCCGAAAGGAGAUGUACGAAAACUUGGUCACAAGCAUCCUCGACGAAAAAGUUUUCGUCGCACAAGGAGGAGCCGCCGCUACUGCCCUUGGCGAAUCUCCACUACCCGCCGCAGGCGAAGCAGACGAAAGGGGCCCGCGUUAUAAGGAGGAGGAAUUCAAGCGGAGCGACUUCUUUGAGGCGGUUUAUUUGGUCGACGAGUCCUUUGGGCCCCCUGAUGAUGGCUUUUGGGACGGGGAGUCGGGGUCGUUUCGCGCGAAACCGCCAGCCGGAAGCGCGACAAAUAAAGGUCGCCCCAUCGUGGAGGCCGAAUGGGGCGAACCUUAACCGAACGGAGAGGCGGCGAGGGGUGGUUUUUAUUUUUUUACUGGCAGCAGCCGCUGCGCCCUUUUGGGUUUGCUUGCUGCCCCAUUCGCGCGGGAG